UUCAUUCAUUUCAGUUGCUCGAAAGUUCUUAGCCUUCAAAGUAUACGUUUCUAAGAAAUUGUUUGGAAAUAUGUCCGCAAGCACCCAAGAACUACUCAGUGCUCUGUCCAUAGUCGCCGAUAGCGAAAAUAUUCAGGUGACUUUUGUGGAGUCCGCCAAAGGAGCUGCCGUUUGUGCUGCAGGUGCCCUGAUCGGGGGACUUCUAAUGGGUCCCCGAGGACUUGCUGUGGGCGGGGCUUUAGGUGGACUUGCAGCCUACGGACUUACAGAAGGAAAGUUUAAGUCUCUGAGUGAGGUCAUUUUGUAUGAUUUGUCGGAAAGUCAGCGCCAAGAACUGAAAGAGCAUGUGACCAAGGCUAUAUCCAACAUUAGAAGUGUUGGUGCUCUAGAGGUCGCAGGACUAAUAUUAAAUAACCAACAAGUGCGAAAGGUUGCUCUUAGUGCAGCCAAGUCUUUUUUCACUGAUCGUAUGGGAAUGACCAUUAUUGAUUAAUCACCAAUAAUAUCAAUCAAUACCCAUGUUGCUAGAAGGUUCUGAGCGCCUAAAAAAAUAAAAGCUGGUAACGAUUACCGCACGUUUUAAUUAAAAAUGUACCAAAUU